AUGGAAAAUUGUGCUGACCAUGUCAUCAAAAUAGAAAAUGAAUAUUUUGCCCGUGAAGGAUCUCCAAAUAAUGAUAUAGACAAACUAGUCACCGCAGUAAGCGAUGAUAGUUCCAGUGAAUCUGAAGAGUCAGAAAUAAGCCAAUUUAAUUACGCAGGGGCUUCAGCCAACAUUUCGGGAGUUGAAUACCUCGACUCAGAUUAUUUGGACUCAGAUUAA